AUGAUCAAACUCUCCACCCUCUUCUCCUCCUUCUUCUACCUCCUCCCCCUCUACAUCUUCGUCGUCGCGCCUCUCCUCCGCCAACUCUUCCCCUCCGACUUCGCAUCCUCCUCCGCCCUCGACUUCGACUCCACCGACCAUGACCCGGACGUCACGCUCGACGAAUCCGUCCUCAGCCUCGACGACGGCGUAGAAGUCACCUGCCCCCCAGAGGCCGAACAAUACCGGGUGCAUCUACUCGCGCGCGAUCCAUUGGUCAUCUACAUCGAGAAUUUCGUCUCGGGGGAGGAAGCAGAUGAGAUUGUCGAGAUGAGUAAAACAAACUACACCCCCUCUAUCCUCUACAACGGCAGCGCCUCAAUCGUGGACCCCUCGCGCCGUCUCUCCGACCGCGCCCUCCUCCCCCGCACGCCCGCAAUUCGAUGUCUUGAGGCGCGCGCGCGCGCGUUCCAAGGCUGGCGUCCGAACCUUUAUAUUGAGCGCAUGUGGGCCCAACGAUAUAACGCGUCAGGACACUACACACAUCACUAUGACUGGGCCGGAUCUGUGGCGCGGGGUGGUGAUCGCGCGAGUACGUUUAUGGUCUAUCUUGGAGCUGAAUGUACUGGGGGCGGGACGAAUUUCCCGAGAUUGAGGAAGCCGAGGGAUACGCGGUGGUGUGAGUUUAUUGAAUGCGAUGAGAGUGGUUAUAAUGAGGUGGCUGGGGAGGAAGGACAGGAAGGUGGAGAGAAGAAGGGGACGAGGAGAGAAGGGAUCACGUUCAAGCCUAUCAAGGGGAAUGCGAUCUUCUGGGAGAAUCUGAGGGCGGAUGGCUCCGGAUAUCCCGAGACGUGGCAUGCCGCGGAGCCAGUGACAGAAGGGACGAAGUUCGGGUUGAAUAUUUGGAGUUGGUACCAGGCGCCGAGGAGGAGGGUUUAG